UUUAGGGUUUGUCAAGGGCGGAGGCGCGGGGGCGCAAGGAGAAAGGAGGUGAGUCUCCACAAUCCCAGCAGGAGCGGCAGAUCGAUCGGUACGAUCGAUCAAAAGUUUCAAAGGAAAUCAAGAUGAUGAGCAGCAGCAGCAGCAGCAGCGCCAGCGCACAGGAGAGGAAAUUCGGCGCCGAGAAGGAAAUCCGGCUCUACAAUCCCUACGAUUUCUACGGCACCAGUGGCGGCGCCAGCAGCGGCGCCGCUGAUCUCUACCGGCUGCCCAGCGCGCCCGAGUUCCUCUUCACGGAGGAGGCGGCGUUCCAGCGGCGGUCCCUGGGCGAGAAUAUCCAGUACUACACGGGGGUGGGAUACCUUGGCGGCGCUGUGCUGGGCGGAGCCAAGGGGAUCUUUGAUGGAAUAAGGUCGAGGGAGGUGGACGAUACCACCAAGCUGAGGCUCAACCGGGUUUUAAACGCGUCCGGGCACACGGGGAGGAGCAUUGGGAACAAGGUUGGCGUGCUGGGGCUCUUGUACGCGGGCGUGGAGAGUGGGACGUGGUACUUGCGAGGCGCGGAUGAUAUACUCAACCCGGUGCUGGCGGGGCUGGCGACUGGGGCGCUCUACAAGGCGGCGGCGGGGCCGAGGACGGCAGCCAUAGCUGGGGCGCUCGGGGGGAUUGCGGCGGGGAGUGUUGUGGCAGGGAAGCACAUUGUAAGGAGAUACUUGCCCAGCCUUUGAAACGCGCUUUUUUGUCUGCCUAGGAACAAAUUCUUUUCUUCUAAUAAAAUAAAACAUUUUUAAAAUCACA